AUGCCCAAAUUCAUCGGCUCCAUGAAGCAGUUGAGGUACCUUGACUUGUCAUACUCUUUCGAUUUUGCAAUUGUUCCUCAUGAAUGGGGAAAUCUCACUGAGUUGGAAGUCCUCGAUCUCCAUGGUUAUUAUAUCGCGGGUGCUGUUGAUGACUUUCAGUGGCUUUCACAUCUUCAGGCAUUAAAGUACCUCGACAUGAGUGGAAUACAUGUUAACAAAUCUGGAGACUUCAUGCACGUGAUCAGGAAUAUUCCUGAUGCAUUUGGAAGAUUGCAAGUGUUAUCAAUUUUAGAUCUCAGCAGCAAUCUUCUAAAUGGCACUAUUCCACAGAGUCUUGGACAACUUCAGUAUCUUUUCUCUUUAGAUCUUUCAGCAAAUUCCUUGGGAGGAACAGUUUCCAAAAUCCACUUCUCCAACCUCUCAAAGCUGCGGACCUUAGAUAUUGGCAACAACCAUUUAGCUAUCGAGGUGGAUUCUGAUUGGAUACCACCUUUCAAUCUCUCAUCCAUGCUGAUGGCGUCAUAUCUCUCUCGCAACUUAAUUUCAGGACCAAUUCCGCAAGAUAUUGGCCUAGCAAUGCCUCAGUUGGGAACUUUGAAUCUGAAUGACAAUCUCUUAAGCGGUCCAAUACCCACCUCAAUAUGCGAGAUGGAAUUUCUGUUUGAGUUGCACCUUGGAAGGAAUGAAUUAGUUGGCGAAAUUCCUGCAUGUUGGAAGGAGAACCCAUUGAGCCUCCUUGAUUUAUCAUCCAAUAAGUUGUACGGAGUCAUACCAAAUUCUUUGGGAAAUCUAACUAAGCUUAUGUCAUUACACUUGAACAACAACAAUCUCUAUGGAGAAAUUCCUGUGACUCUGAACUAUGUUAGAAACUUGCGGAUUUUGGAUCUUGAAGAAAACAAAAUCUCAGGAAGUGUUCCACGUUGGAUUGGACCAAGUUUUCAGUCACUACAAAUUCUUAGAUUGCGAGAAAACAUGUUCGAUGGAAGCAUUCCUUCACAACUAUGCUUACUCUCUGCAUUGCAAAUAUUGGACAUGGCAGUCAACAAUCUGACAGGAGCGAUUCCAAAUUGUCUUGGCUAUAUGAAAGGUAUGAAACUGAACAAAAGCAUAGGCGAAGGCAACUCACUCUCUCUUGCUUAUGCAGCUACACCUCCCAUGCUUGGGCCAACAACGUCCAAUGCUUCACCUCCCAUGCUUGGGCCAACAACGUCCAACGCUACAACGCCCAUUGCUCCAACGGAUUGGACUCAAGAGCAUGUGGAGCAGGUUGUGAAGGGGAUGGAUCUUGACUACACAACACUUGAUCUACAGCUUAUGGUGAAUUUAGAUCUCUCGAGCAACAAAUUGGUUGGGCAAAUUCCAAGAGAGCUUACCUUGCUCUCCGGAUUGCGAGGCUUGAACUUAUCCCGCAACUUUCUUUCUGGAGGCAUCCCAACUAUGAUUGGAGACAUGAGAUCGCUCGAGUCACUUGAUCUUUCAAAUAAUCAACUUUUGGGAACAAUCCCACAAAGCUUUUCUGCAUUCAUAUCAUUGAGCAAACUAAACUUGUCACACAACAACUUCACGGGGCCAAUUCGAAAAGGAAAUCAAAUCCAGACACUUGAUGAUCCUUCCAUUUAUGCCGACAAUCCUCUACUUUGUGGUGAUCCUCUACAAAAGAAAUGCCCCAAAGCAGAGGCCCCUCAAGCGGCCCCACAAGUGCCGGAAGAAGUUGCCAAUGAAGAAGGUAAGCUUGAAAAGGUAAUGUUCUACAUAGUAAUAAUGCUCGGGUUUGCGACUGGGUUUUGGGGAGUUGUUGGCAGUUUGGUGGACAAGAAGAACUGGAGACUGGUGUACUUCAACUUUGUGGAUCGUAAAGCAGACAUGGUGUACGUGAUUGUUGCAAUGAAGGUGGCCGAGUUGAGGAGGAGAUUGAGAAGAGUGUAACGGGCCUGUUAUCCACAUCAAUUAGUCCAAUGCUUUAUUGAUCUCGUGAAGUUCUUGUUUUCUUGUUCAAGCAGAAUUGUCUUUGUAGUUGGUCUGUUUCUCCUUAUCAG